GGAAGCUUCCCCUGGGUCGAUGGCUAAUUAGCAUUUUAUUAAUUAUCCGUAAUCACGGCUUACAAAUCCUAUAAAAGCCAACUCUUGGUUUCUCUCAUCAACAAUCAAAUCACUAUAAUCAACAACUCAAGGCAUCACUAAUAAGGAUCAAUAUAGUUUCUCUUUCUCUCUUCGAUAAACUUAAUUUUUUUAAUUCUCCGACAAGAGAUGGCACCUGAGAUGAACAACAACAAGUUGAGCUACGGAGGAAAGAAAAGGGCGUACGUGACUUUCCUUGCUGGCAACGGAGACUACGUGAAAGGAGUCGUUGGUCUGGCUAAAGGGCUGAGGAAAGCUAAUAGCAAGUACCCAUUAGUGGUUGCUGUGUUACCCGACGUGCCGGCUGAUCACCGUAGACAGCUAGUGGAUCAAGGCUGCAUCGUCAAGGACAUUCAGCCGGUUUACCCACCAGAUAACCAAACCCAGUUCGCUAUGGCUUACUACGUCCUCAAUUACUCCAAGCUCCGCAUCUGGGAGUUUGUCGAGUACAGCAGGCUGAUAUACUUAGACGGAGACAUACAAGUGUUUGAGAACAUAGAUCACUUGUUCGAUCUUCCCGACGGCAGUUUCUACGCUGUUAAAGACUGUUUCUGCGAGAAGACAUGGAGCCACACUCCUCAAUACAAGAUCGGCUACUGCCAACAGUGUCCGGACAAGGUGACGUGGCCGGAGACGGAGCAGGUUGGUCCUAAGCCACCGUUGUACUUCAACGCCGGAAUGUUCGUCUACGAACCAAGCCUCUCCACUUACUACAACCUUUUGGAGACUCUCAAAGUUGUCCCUCCCACACCUUUUGCUGAACAGGAUUUCUUGAACAUGUACUUCAAAGAUAUAUACAAGCCGAUUCCACCAGUAUAUAAUCUUGUCUUGGCUAUGCUCUGGAGGCAUCCGGAGAACAUAGAGCUUAACGAAGCCAAGGUUGUUCAUUACUGUGCAGCUGGUGCUAAGCCUUGGAGGUUCACUGGCCAAGAAGAAAAUAUGGAGAGAGAAGACAUCAAGAUGCUUGUAGAGAAAUGGUGGGACAUUUACAACGACGAGUCUCUUGAUUACAAAAACGUAAAUGUGCAUAGCGGACAAAAAGAAGAUGUCCAAAAGAAACAGCAAUCCAUUACACAGUUCUUUACAGACUUGUGUGAGGCUGCUGUGCUUCACUGCGCCAAAGCUCCAUCCGCGGCCUAGACAACUUUGUGAAGGAGGGCUGUGUGAUAGGUUCUUCUCAACACCUGUUUGCUAUUAGUUGUGAAACUGAUAAUAUUUAAUAAUUAGGAUAUCAUAUGAAAUUGUGCUUUACUGUUUUUUCACUGAGCUUAGAGGAGUUUUUAAUCCCCAAACCCUCUUUGUACCUUAUAUGUUUGCUACGGACUUUUCUACCUAAAAUAGUAAAAUGUAAUCUACUCCAACAGUUUUUAAAAAAAAUCUUCUUCGUUUUGAUAAUCAGGAAAUCCCAUGGAAUAAUGAGACCAAUUAAAAUAGGAUCCAUAUUUUAUCCAA